AGGAACUAACGGGGAUCCAUAAUAAUCCAUUAAUGUAACCUUGAUCUGCGUAUGUGUUCAAAUACACAAGGUCACAAUGAGAGUAAAUGUUUAACGUUAAAGGCAAAUGUAUGGAUCAGUUGUAACACGUCCUCUCCUCCUCUUUCAGGAGAUCAUCUUGAAGCGAGCGGCCGACAUCGCCGAGGCCCUGUACAGCGUCCCGCGUAACCACAACCAGAUCCCUUCACUGGGCAACACGGCGUCGCACGGCGGCAUGAUGGGGGUCAACUCGUUCGGCAGCCAGCUCGCCGUCAACGUCUCAGAAACAUCACAGGGUAAUGACCAGGUAGGAUACAGCCGUCAAACCAGCAGUGUGUCCCCUCGAGGCUACGUCCCCAGCAGCACCCCACAACAGGCCAACUACAACACCGUUAGCAACAGCAUGAACGGCUACGGCAACCCCAUGUCCAAUCUGGGAGUACCCAGUUCACCAGGCUUCCUCAACGGCUCCUCUGCCAACUCCCCCUACGGCAUAGUGCCGUCGAGUCCCACCAUGGCAACCUCUUCGGUCAGCCUCUCUACAAACUGUAGCAGUACACACGGCAUUUUCUCAUUCUCACCUGCCAAUGUCAUCUCUGCAGUGAAACAAAAGAGCGCCUUUGCCCCUGUUGUAAGGCCCCAAGCUUCUCCACCACCUUCUUGCACCAGUGCAAAUGGCAAUGGACUUCAAGGUGAGCCGUCCUCCCUCCUUUUACAGUGCCCUCCAUAGUCAUUCUGUCCUUCUGUUCUGUUCUGACAUGUUGGCCUACUGGCAUCUCUCUGUUGGCCUACUGGCAUCUCUCUGUUCUGUUCUGACCUGUUGGCCCCACUGGCAUCUCUCUGUUCUGUUCUGACCUGUUGGCCCCACUGGCAUCUCUCUCACCUGCCUGCCUGCCCACCUCCACCCAAAACCAUGGGCACCCAUGCACCGCCAGUCUGGGUUAAACGAGAGUACGAGUGGACAUAAAUGAUGUAUUUGAGGAUGGAUGAUGAUUGCGUGGACGGAUGGAUGGAUGGAUUGAUGGGUACACUAUGCCUGCAUGUAUGUCUUUAUUUAUUUAUUUCUGUAUUUAUUUAUCAAACCAUUAAUGAUUAAGGGAAGUUAGGAGUCUCUUGGGGGUUACUCUCCCCCCAUAUAUUUUUUUUGCAUCAGAAUACCAUAGUACAGCAUAUCAGUACAUACAGGGUUGGGGUCAAUUCUGAUUUAAUUCCAAUUCAAUUUUUAUUUUAAAAUUGAAUUUAAUUUGGCCACAUACCACAGAAAGCAGAAUUUGAAAAUAAUUUGAAUCAAAGGAAAUAUAUGUAAUUCAAUUAAAUUCCAUGAAAUUCAAAUAAUUAUUUAUUAUUUAUAUCUAUCACUAAAGGAAUGUUCAUUUUGACAUCAUGUAUGGUUAUGGAUGGUUGAAACAUAAAACAGAAAAUGUAACUCAUUCUCCUAAAAGUAUUUUAAAUAAUUACAGUGGUUUGUACAUAUUAAGAACAUGUUGUGGGUUGUCUAUAAUAAUUUAGAAUUCCCUUAAUGGGGCGGCAGGUAGCCUAGUGGUUAGAGCGUUGGGCCAGUUAACCGAAAGGUCAAAAUCUGUCAUUCGGCCCCUGAACAAGGCAGUUAACCCACUGUUCCCCUGAACAAGGCAGUUAACCCACUGUUCCCCUGAACAAGGCAGUUAACCCACUGUUCCCCUGAACAAGGCAGUUAACCCACUGUUCCCCUGAACAAGGCAGUUAACCCACUGUUCCCCUGAACAAGGCAGUUAACCAACUGUUCCCCUGAACAAGGCAGUUAACCCACUGUGCCCCUGAACAAGACAGUUAACCCACUGUGCUUCUGAACAAGGCAGUUAACCCACCGUUCCCCUGAACAAGGCAGUUAACCCACUGUUCCCCUGAACAAGGCAGUUAACCCACUGUUCCCCUGAACAAGACAGUUAACCCACUGUUCCCCUGAACAAGGCAGUUAACCCACUGUUCCCCUGAACAAGGCAGUUAACCCACUGUUCCCCUGAACAAGGCAGUUAACCAACUGUUCCCCUGAACAAGGCAGUUAACCCACUGUUCCCCUGAACAAGGCAGUUAACCCACUGUUCCUAGGCUGUCAUUGUAAAUAAGAUUUUUUUCUUAACUGACUUGCCUAGUUUAAAUAAAGGUAAAAUAAAAUAAUGUUUUAAAUUUAAAAUGUAUUUUUCCCUAAAUGCAUUUGAUCCAACACUGGGAACAAUCUAGUAAUCUAGAAAUCUUUCAUGACAAUGAAAAAUACUGUUUGACAUCUUAAAAUAUAAUAUUUGAAAUCUGGUGUCUAUUGCUUGUUAAUAAGUGGAAGAUUAUUUUGUUAAAAGGUUUGUCAAAUUAACGUCUCAGUUGAAUUAGUUUUUAAAUGCUUUGAAAUGUAUUUUAUAAUUCCUUUAGUUCAAAUUAUGCUUCCUGUGUGUUUGUGGCCAGUUCAAAUUCAAUUCAAAUUCAUGGUUUGAAUUCACUUCAAUUCAGAAAUUCAGAAUUUAGCCGAACCCUGAUAUCCUGAUACAUACCGUAUCCUAAGCUGAGUACUGUAAUGAUAAACACAACAAUCACGUAAGGUCCCAUAGCUAUCGUACUUUUGCAUUAUUCACUGCAGCCCUAGGAUCCAGCCCUCUUUUACAUUUCAUCUGAAUUGUACAUCAUAUGCUUUAAUAUUCACAACCCAUCACA